CGCCAAGAACCACCGGAUUAUCUGAUAGAGAAGAAUGGGUUACAUAGGAGCUCAUGGUGUAGCAGCUCUUCAUAGGUACAAAUACAGUGGAGUGGAUCACUCUUAUCUUGCCAAAUACGUGCUCCAACCUUUUUGGACUCGAUUUGUCAAAGUCUUCCCUCUAUGGAUGCCACCAAACAUGAUAACGCUUAUGGGGUUUAUGUUUCUAGUCACUUCCUCCCUGCUAGGCUAUAUAUAUUCACCUCAGCUGGAUUCUCCUCCGCCACGAUGGGUUCACUUUGCACAUGGUUUACUUCUCUUCUUGUAUCAGACAUUCGACGCGGUUGAUGGGAAGCAAGCAAGAAGGACAAAUUCCUCUAGCCCCCUAGGAGAGCUUUUUGAUCAUGGUUGUGACGCACUUGCUUGUGCGUUUGAAGCCAUGGCAUUUGGAAGCACUGCAAUGUGUGGAAGAGAUACUUUCUGGUUCUGGGUUAUUUCAGCUAUUCCAUUUUAUGGAGCUACAUGGGAACACUAUUUCACCAACACACUUAUUCUUCCUGUUAUCAAUGGGCCUACUGAGGGUCUUGCACUUAUAUUUGUCAGCCACUUCUUCACAGCCAUUGUCGGUGCUGAAUGGUGGGCUCAGCAGUUGGGGCAGUCAAUACCAUUGUUUAGUUGGGUGCCAUUUGUGAAUGAGAUCCAAACUUCCAGAGCAGUGCUAUACAUGAUGAUCGCUUUUGCUGUUAUACCAACCGUUGCAUUCAAUGUGUCAAAUGUCUACAAAGUCGUUCAAUCAAGAAAAGGGAGCAUGGUGUUAGCACUAGCUAUGCUGUAUCCCUUCGUUGUCCUACUUGGAGGAGUUUUGAUAUGGGAUUACUUGUCUCCAAUCAAUCUCAUAGCAACAUACCCUCACUUAGUUGUACUCGGAACUGGACUUGCAUUUGGAUUUCUGGUGGGAAGAAUGAUUCUUGCUCACUUGUGUGAUGAGCCUAAAGGACUAAAAACAAACAUGUGCAUGUCGCUACUCUAUCUUCCCUUUGCACUCGCAAAUGCGCUAACCGCGAGAUUGAAUGCUGGGGUUCCUCUAGUCGACGAAUUAUGGGUUCUUCUUGGCUACUGCAUAUUCACAGUGUCAUUAUACUUGCACUUUGCAACAUCGGUCAUCCAUGAGAUCACUGAGGCUCUUGGAAUCUACUGCUUCAGGAUCACGCGUAAAGAAGCUUGAAAAGAAACCUUUAAGGGUAAUGUUUUUUUUGUGUGUGGACCGUUGGAUCGACACAAGGAAUGGUCGAUAUGGACCUGUUGGAUCGGUGAUGUAUUUCCUCUUCUUAUUCAUUGUUGUCUGUUUGAUCAGGAUAGGUGAAUUAUGUAGAACUUUGUAUAAUGUUCUUGUUUUGGAUUUAUCCAUGGGGAAAAAUACGAAAAUUAUUCUUGAAAUAAGGAGCACUUUUUACC